UAAUAAAAAAUCCCGACGGCUGAGAUAUGUCAAAACUGAAAAUUUAAUCAUUGACUCGCUUAUUGAAUUUAAUUAGAUUAUUUAAAUUAGAUAUAAAAUGUUUGAAGAAGGUCUGUGUGUGGUAAUGGAUGCUGGGUCUCAGAACUUGAAGGCGGGUUUUGCGGCAGAAUCGUUUCCAAGGACAGUGAUACCUACUACUGUGGGCAGAUUCCGUCGCGAAGGACUAAUUGACGGCAUUCCCCAAAUCUUCUGCGGCACCGAAGCGAUCAAGAAGCGCGGUGUCUCCAACCUGGUGUGGCCGGUGCGGGAUGGCCACAUUCAGAACUGGGACGAGAUGGAGAAGCUCUGGCAUUACGUGUUCUACAGGGAGCUGCAUGUGCCGCCUGAAACCUCGAAAGUCAUGCAUGCGGUUCAUCCGCUUCUACCUCCCGGCUACAAGGAGAGAAUGGCAGAAAUUCUAUUCGAAUCGUUUGCUAUCGAGAGCCUCUACAUAGCGAAAUCUCCGGCUCUCGUUCUCCAUGCAAGUGGUAGGACUUCGGGUAUCGUUUGGGAGAACGGGUACUCUUGCUCCUAUGCGGCUCCUGUCUUCGAGGGAUUUCCUUUGAAGUAUGCCACGGUCACGUCACCAAUAUCCGGGAAGAUGCUGACCGAGAGACUGCAGAGCCUGUUCUUCAAGACCGGGUAUUCGUUUACUACGCCGUUUGAACUCGACGUGUUGGAUCAGAUUAAAAAAAAGAUAUGCUACAUAUCUCAAGAUUACGAAAAAGAGUUGGCGAACACCGCUGGCUACGGAGAGGGAAAGGUGAAGUACCAGCUGCCAGACGGCCAGCAUAUCCUCAUCGGAGAGGAGAGGUUCCAGUGCCCCGAAGUCCUGUUCAAUCCUGAGCUAGCAGGACUCAAGUGCAGGAACAUUACUGAUACUAUAUGCAGGAGCAUCGAUCUCUGUGAUAUCGAGUACAGAGGCAUAUUCUACAACAACAUUGUGUUCUCGGGGGGGUCGAGCAUGAUCACUGGUCUGGUAGACCGCUUUUCGAAGGAGCUCACUCAUCGGGUGAAGGUGAACCUGUUGGACGUGACUGCGCGGGUUGACGCGCUGUCCAAGAGGCACUUCGCGGCGUGGGUGGGGGGCUCCAUCCUAGCCUCGCUACCCAACCUCAAGGGAUUCUGGUUAACCAGGGAUGAGUACGAGGACUCGGGAUCCACGAGAGUUAAAUAUAAGUUCUUUUAAUUGUACUUGUUACGCUUGAGGUUGUUCACUAGAGAUAAAAUACGGGUGACGGUAAAA